AUGGAUAGGGAGUCACGCAUUCAAGCUAUUACGGUACGCUUUUGGGGUGUUGAAUGGAACAUGGAAGAGGAGACCAUAUGCUUUCAUAUUUUCUUCCGAAAGUGUUGGGAUCUGUUGUACCUAAACAACCCAGUAGUGUUCAAUUCCAUUUGGCUUCCUCUUGCAAUCGAGUUGUCUGCGGUGAUGCAGAAGUUGUUUUCUAAAUCUAAGGUUCGCACUAAGAUCCAUCGUCUCCGUACACAUUUUAACGAGUUCAUCACCUUCAACAGCAUCCCGGGCAUCCGUGAAAACAAACUAGAGUGGUACUUUCGAACUUAUGGAUUCUCUUGGUACCACCAUUGCGUUGAUGUGUUCGAUCUGCAAGAAGCUCCUAAAAUUGAUUUCGAUGAUGGCACAAGUGGUUCGGAGGAUGACCCUAUCUUUUUGGAUGAGUCCGAUUCGGAUUUCAGCAACGUUAACAAGGCUCUAGAGAUGGACGUUGAGGAGAAUGAAGUGCAACAAAUGGAUAUACCAUCUUCUCCAUAG